GUACACGCGCUCACCCAGCAAGAAGAAGAUCCAGACGUCAGUUGAACAUGGCGUUGAGCUGGAGACCUGUCAGAAGUCUACAGAGGAAAACAAUUGCUGCCACAGCUAUAACGUUUCCCUGAAAGUCAGCGACGGAUUACCUGUGACUGCUGAAGCGUGCCUGAGAACAUUUAUUUGCAUUUCAUCCUUUUCUGCUACUUUCAGGACACAACGUACGCGGUAGAACAGGGGCGGUAGAGCAGAGUUGACAGCUAACGUUUACCUGGAUAAUUUGACCACAAAAUGCGUGUAACCAUUUUAGCUAACUAUUAUUAACUUAAGCGGUGUCCGCUUGCUAUCGACCCAGUCAAGCCUUAGCUAUUUGGGUUAACUCCUCUUGCACUUAGCGCUAUUAGCCAGUCGAUAACAACACAGCAUGAUUCCGUGAACUGUUGCUCUUGAUUUGCUUGGCACACACCUAGCUUAGCUAAUAGUGUCAGUUUUGACUUAAACACCUUAGCGUCUUAUGCCAAGUUGGUAUUGUUUUUAGACUCGGUUUGUCAAACGUUAGCCAUAUACCGUUAAGGAAAUGUCAGAUAACCAGAGCUGGAACUCCUCUGGUUCCGAGGAAGAUUUAGAGCCAAGAGAGGAGCCUGGACAUCCUGUUGGUAUCGGCGAGUUCAGCGGAGUCCUUAGUAAGUGGACAAACUACAUCCAUGGCUGGCAAGACCGUUGGGUGGUGCUGAAAAACAACACGUUGAGCUACUACAAGUCUCAGGAUGAGACAGAGUAUGGCUGUCGAGGUUCCCUCUGCCUUAGUAAAGCUGUUAUCACUCCUCAUGAGUUUGAUGAGUGCCGGCUGGACAUAAGCGUAAACGACAGUGUGUGGUACCUAAGAGCACAAGACCCAGAGCACAGACACCAGUGGAUUGACUCCAUUGAGCUGCACAGGAGUAUCAGAGAGGGGAGGAGAGAGAGGGCAGGAGUCCAGGGCACAAUAAUCAUCCCUCCACCACUGUCUUCUCAACCUUCUGCUCCUGCUGCCACCAACCAUCUAUUCUGGGGCCAAGGCUGUCAAGCUGAUUCUGGAUAUGGUUCAGAGUCCAGUCUGCGGAGACAUGGCUCCAUGCUGUCUCUCACAUCAGCCACCAGCGGCUACUCUGCCACCUCCACAUCCUCCUUCAAGAAGGGUCACAGCCUGAGAGAGAAGCUGGCAGAGAUGGAGACCUUCAGAGAUAUUUUGUGCAGGCAGGUGGACACACUUCAGAAAUACUUUGACAGCUGUUCAGAUGCUGUGUCCAAGGAUGAACUGCAGAGAGACAAAAUCGUGGAGGAUGAUGAAGAUGACUUCCCCAACACCCGGACUGAUGGAGAGUUUCUGCAUAACAACAAUGGUAGCAAAGAAAAACUGUUCCAGUCCUUAAGUCCCAAGGGAAUCAAUGGCAUAGACUUUAAGGGUGAGGCCAUCACAUUCAAGGCCACCACUGCUGGGAUCCUAGCCACUCUCUCCCACUGCAUUGACCUGAUGGUGAAGAGAGAAGACAGCUGGCAAAAAAGACUGGAUAAGGAGAUGGAGAAGAGGCGAAGAAUAGAGGAGAGCUACAAAUCAGCUCUCAACGAACUGAAGAAAAAGUCUCACUUUGGAGGUCCAGAUUAUGAGGAGGGUCCAAACAGUCUCAUUAAUGAGGAUGAAUUUUUUGAUGCAGUUGAAGCUGCUCUUGACAGACAAGACAAAAUUGAGGAACAGUCUCAAACUGAGAAGACAAGGAUACAAAGAUCCAGCCCUGUUCCCCUCGCAGACGUCUAUUCCAGCACUGGCUCGCAUAGGUUUUCAGACAAGCCUCAUAGUCAGUCCUCCCCUGCUCUGAUAGUCAGGGCCCUUCCUCAUGAUGUCCACAGAUUCAGCGCAGAGGUGGAGGAAAUGGUGCAGAAUCACAUGACCUACUCCCUGCAGGAUGUUGGUGGAGAUGCCAACUGGCAGCUGGUUGUAGAAGAGGGAGAAAUGAAGGUGUACAGGAGAGAGGUAGAGGAAAAUGGGAUUGUUUUGGAUCCACUGAAGGCCACCCAUUCAGUAAAGGGGGUGACCGGUCACGAGGUCUGCCACUACUUUUGGGACACUGCCUAUCGCAACGACUGGGAGACCACCAUUGAAAACUUCAAUGUUGUGGAGACAUUGUCAGAAAAUGCAGUAAUUGUCUAUCAAACGCACAAGCGGGUGUGGCCUGCAUCUCAGAGGGACGUGCUGUACCUGUCUGCCAUGAGAAAGAUCUUAGCUAACAAUGAGAAUGACCCAGACACCUGGCUGGUCUGCAACUUCUCUGUGGAUCACGACGAUGCACAGCAAACCAACAGGUGUGUCCGUGCCAAAAUCAACAUUGCCAUGAUCUGUCAGACCCUGGUCAGUCCACCAGAGGGCGAUAAAGAAAUCAGCAGAGACAACAUCCUGUGUAAAAUCACAUAUGUUGCCAAUGUAAAUCCGGGAGGCUGGGCUCCUGCCUCUGUGCUCAGGGCCGUGGCUAAGAGAGAGUACCCCAAGUUCCUCAAGCGCUUCACCUCCUAUGUCCAGGAAAAAACUGCCAGCAAGCCCAUUUUAUUCUAAAGCUCACAGUGUUGAGACAUGAGGACAGAACUCCAACCCAUGAAGCUCUGAGGAUCUUUUGUCUUCACACUGACAGCUGCUCUGCUGCCAUGAUGAGACAAGUUCCUCAGAGGGAUUUUUUUUCUUUCCCAGUUCUUGGCUUCAAGUUAGUUUCAGUAGGGAGGAAGGGUAAUAAUGGUGCCCUCUGGUGGCUGCAUUCAAGCAUCUAUGAGACAACCUUUAGACAGUCAUAUCAAAAGAAAAUUCUUGAGUUAUUAUUUGUUUUUUCCCUUCAUUGAGGUUUAAUUCAUAAAAUUAAAUUAAGAUCAAAAAUUAAAUUGCUGUUACUCAAAAGGAUAUUAUUUGUCUUUGCAGCAGCUCCUUAAUACCACACAUCUUUCAUGCUCAUGUAGAGGACUGAGUAGCCAACAUUUCAGGUUGCAUCUCUUUUCUGACAAAUACAUUAAUAUAUAAAUGUAUGUAUAUUCUAUAAGAAGUUUGUAAAAAAUAAACGAAAACAUCUUCAGUAAUAGACUGAAAUAUUUAGUUCCUAUUUUGCGUUGAUUUUUCAUAUUUUUCCUAAGUAGUCAUUUCCCAGCUUUCUUUUUAAGCUGCUAACUUUUGUGAGUAAAACUGGUUCAUUUGAGAUGAUUAUCAUCUUAUUCGUAGUAAGUCCAGAGGGCUGUCAUCAACCUAUGACCCCUAUGAAAUAAGACUUGACCUUUUUGACUCCGUCUCUCUCAUGAAAACACCUCACACUGGUGCUGAUGGAGGGACUAGUCGAGAUGAAUCUUUCAUAUAUUUAAUGUACAAAAUGAGUUCAUGUACAUUAUUAGCUUGGCUUUAUAUUUGUGUCAUUGUCAAUAUGUUCCAGUGUCAUAGCACAUCCUGUAUUUUGAAUCUUAAAUGAAUUGUAAAUAGUCUCACUAACAUUUUCGCUGAAGGUCUGCAAAGCGUAGAGCCCAAAUGCCUUAGUGUUCCAGGAAGAUGUAGCUUCAGGUGGGGAAAAGGGGGGUGCUGUUAGUGCUCCUAUUAAAUCACUAGUGAAGUGCCUCAUGGCUAUAUCCCCCUUAUAAUUGUCUUUUCUCUAUUUUGGGUCAAUUUACAAUGUGUCCUACAAUACAUUAACUGAGGCCUGGCAGGAUAUUUCUACAAAUCCUAGUAUUAUGAAAACAUCAGAUUCAUUUCAGUUUAUUUUCAGUGUUGCCGCCUCAACUUGUCUGUCAGUAUUUCUGAUGUUUGUUACAUGUCCUACGUACAAACAGUUACAGUACUGAAACCAUUCUGUUAAUCAAGUCAAGUCAGGUCUUUGUAUCAUGUGUUUUCUGCCUGAAAAUGUUGAUAAUACGUGUACAGGGCUGCAAAGUCCAGUUCAGUAGGGUCAACUCUGUUAAAGUACUUAACUUGAUUUUUCUAGGAAUCAUAUACUUACAAUUCCUUAAAGUUUUAUUUGCUCAUCCUCAUAAAUUUCUAACAUGUUCUUGUUAAAGAGUAAAUCCUUAUGAACUUUUUAAAGUUCUUGAAGCACACAAAAUUUGGUUUAAGUUUUUAUCACGUUAAUCAUAUUCCAGACAAUGCUUUUCAACAGAAAUCAUCAGCACCUCUGCCUGAGUACUAUUUCGACUUGUGGGUAUCACAAAAUGUUUUUUUCUUGGAUCAUAUCAACAACGGUAGAUUUGCAGUUGUGUUAUCAGUCUUCACUCUUAAGCCUUGUGAUUUCAGAGCUUAUAGCUGAGAGUUGUGGGUGAGAGGCAAAGUGAAGCCAAAUGAUACUCAGCCAUUCAGCUAAGUGGACAGACACCAGGCUGAAGCUCUUUCACCCAAAGGCAGACAUUUCUGAGUUUUAGUUAUUAGCAGAUUGUUAACACUGAAUGUAAUUAGAAAUACAUUUUUGUAAAUAAUUUGUUCAUACUAAUGCUGUGGGAUCAACUUACAAAUGUACUGUGACAACGUGGCACAUGUGCCCUGUUUUGAAAGUGAAAUAAAUAAGUUUAUCCUCCA